UGAUAUUGAAUAUUUGAGGAAGGAGUUAAACACAAAAGAAGCCGAGCCGCACUCCCUGCACGGAGGGAAGGAAGCGGAAGAUCCCAGCGCAAACAGAGGAAAACAUGAAAACCUACAGAUUUUAGCAAGCAGGUUGCAAAUUCAGCGGACGCAUCAAGCAAAUUAUGCAGAAACCGUGCCAUCUAAAACAGACAAAUCCAAAUGUAAAUGCCUUGUAGGGAUAGGUAGCUUGUUGAAAUUGUACCUAAUAGACACGAUGGAGAUGACUGAUAUCAGAUUAGCUAAAAAAAUAUCAGGAGUUACUACCACUGAGGAGAACGUUGCUUUUAGAACCACUGGAGAGGCAAAAACAGCAGCAGAUGAAUCAGUGAUACCAACACCUUCAGCCAAAGAGUUCCAGACUGAAACUACAACAGCGAGGCCUCUGACCGAAGCCACCACGACGAAAAUGGAGAUCCAAGACACGACUGAAGUCUUCAGUCAAAGCAGCACAACUGACAUCCAGCCCAGCGGAGACCAGAGACAGACUACGCUACCCGACCCAGAACCUGAAACGGACUCUGAGCCAAGAUUCAAGAAACAUACAACCCCCAACGCACACGCUACGACUAAUGUCCAGUUCUCCGGUCUCAGAAUGAGAGACGACGGACCGGUAGUUGCACCAAAACACGGGGAGGACGCAGAGGACGAUGAGGAAGGUUCUGAGAACUGGGCUGGAGAGGACAGAAAACCCGGUCUGGUCCAUCAUGGAGGAGAAUCACAGACCUUUUCAAAAAGUUCAGAAGACAUCCAAAAGGAGGAUGCAGAAAAAGAUAUGAAGGCACCUGACGGCCCCGCCCCGCUCUGCAGAGGUCUGAUCGACCGCACCGAGGCCGGGUGGGCACACUGCCUGGAGAGGCAGGGGAGACCCCCACCCAACCCGCUCUCUGCCUGGGAAACUGCAGAUGUUAGAAAGCUGCAGAAAGACCCAUCAGGGGGACUUAGGCAAAACCCUCUCAUCAGCGACGAAGAGGAUCACUUCUAUUACUUUGACGGAGUGCUGAAAAGAGUUCAGAAUAACGUGCGUGUCUACAGCAGGAGGCAAAGACGAAGAAGACGGAGCUUUUAG